AUGAAGUUCAACAGCAUCCUUCUGCAUAUGCUCAUCUGCUGUUUCUCCGAGAAGGCUAUAGCAAGUCAAUGUAAGGCAGCUUCUUACUCCGUACAAGAUCACGUGCUUAUAAACCACGCCAUCAAGGCCGGGCCGGCAGAGCUGAUUGAACAGUGCAUCUCUCGGUGCAUCAAACAUCCCGGUUGCCAUAGCAGCAAUUUUUAUAGAAAGAGAGGAUGGUGUGAACUGAAUGAUAAAACGCAGGCUUCUCACCCUGAAGAUAUGAGACAAGUUCGAUUUACAAACUACAUGGAGAAUACUCUCAGACCUUUUACCUGCAUCACCCACCCAGAUUGUGGCAGUAAUUUGAUCUGUUCUUUAUCGAAGUGCGUAGGUGAGUUGAUAACGGUUCGCCACCAGGUAUAAGUAAUCUCUUGAUGCAAAAUUAUAAAUGGGCAGUACGGUGCAUAGUGUGCUUAGCUGGGCGAUUUCUUGCGCGCUGAUCAGUCGAGGUUUCUCUUGUUGAAGAGCGUAGCUAGUUCGGCGGCGGGUAACUGCCAGCCGGUUAUUAAAAAGCUUAAAAAAUUUGCAACUUCACACGAUCUUACGCAACUCAUUACUGAGGCCACCCGAGUGACGGAAACCUGUCAAUCCUUGCUUGACGUGAUUUUAGUGAACAAUGAUCACCGCAUCAAUGACUCCGGUGUUGUUCCUGUUUCGCUGAGUGAUCACUACCUCGUCUAUUGUGUUUUAAAAGCAGGUGUAAUUAAGGCACCACCGAAGACAAUUGAAUACCGCUCUUAUAAAAACUUUGAUGCGAACACCUUCCUAGCGGACUUGAAUAACGUCCCAUGGCACAUCAUUGAAAACGAGGAAGACAUCGACGACGCCGUGUUUAUUUGGAAUCACUUGUUUUCUGAAAUAGCUGACCUGCAUGCGCCCGUGAAAAGGCGAAGAAUACGAGGUGUUCCGCUCCCGUGGUUGAAUGAUACAAUCAGUGAGGUGAUGAAGGAUCGUGAUUUUCACCAUCGUAAAGCCGUGAAAACCAAUUCUGCUUUUCACUGGGCUCGCUAUAGAAAGUUAAGAAAUAGGGUCAAUCGUGAAGUCAAGGCAGCAAAAUCCAAGUAUUAUUGUGACUUGAUUUUAGAGGCUAAAGGGGAUUCAGGAAAGAUCUGGAAGGCGGUGAAUGAGGUGUCUUCGCGCAAGACUAAAUCCUCGAGCCCACAAUGUAUCGUAGUUGAUGGUGUUGAACACACCACCCCAGCCUCUAUUGCAUCCGUGCUCAACUGUUAUUUCUCAUCCAUUGGCAGAAGUCUUGCAAAUAAAAUAUCAGCUGCUGCUAUGUUCCCAGUCAGAUCGGCCACGAUGCUACAGUCUUUCUCGCUUGACGAAGUUGAUGAGAAAACAGUACUCAAGCAUCUGCUUUCUCUAAAGACAAAUAAAGCUAUUGGCUUGGACAACAUCAGUGCGAGACUUUUAAAGUGUGGCGCGCGUGCUAUUUGUCCCUCGAUCACCAAGUUACUGAAUCUCCCCAGUAUUCGCACUGGCAAUUUUCCUGAAAUAUGGAAAUGCUCGAAAGUGGCUGCACUUUUCAAAACUGGAGAUAGGAGAGAUGCGUCAAAUUAUCGCCCAAUUUCUAUUCUGCCAACAAUGAGUAAAAUUCUGGAAAAAGUCGUCCAUUCCCAAUUCUAUGACUUUCUGAAUUCAAAUAAUCUCCUUUCAAGCAAACAAUUUGGCUUCCGUCCCAAACUGUCUACAACAUCGGCUCUCACCAGUUUUGCAGAUGAGGUCCUAUUGCAUAUGGAGAGUGGAGAACUGUGCGGUGCAGUGUUCCUAGAUCUGACCAAGGCAUUCGAUACCGUUGACCAUACGAUCUUGCUAUCUAAAUUGUCGGCUAUCGAUGUCUCGCCCAGCACUCUACAGUGGUUCAAGUCUUACCUGAAUCAUCGUAAACAGCGGACUGCCUGUAGCGAUGCUGUGUCUGACCCUCUCCCGAUGACCUUUGGGGUGCCACAGGGGAGCAUUCUAGGACCGCUUCUCUUCUUGGUUUAUAUUAAUGACCUUCCGCUGGUUAUAAAGAAUUGCGAAGUGACUUUGUAUGCUGAUGACACGGUCCUGUACUACUUUGCUAAAGAGCCACACCUGUUAGAAGAGGCACUGAAUGAUGAUCUCUUGAAAGUUGCCCAGUGGUUACAUGGAAAUAAGUUAACUUUAAAUCUUACUAAGACGAAAUCCAUGAUUAUAGGCAGUAAUAGGAAACUUGUUGGUAUUUCCUCUUUCACGUUAUCUAUUUUUGACACUGAUAUAAAUUCUGUAAGUAGUUUUAAAUAUUUGGGAGUUAUGUUGUCUUCAACUUUCACAUGGUCCGACCAUAUUGAGUAUAUUUCAUGUAAGGUUAAUAAAAACCUUGGUCUUCUACGUAGGAUUAAGUAUUAUUUACCUUAUGAUGCCCGGUUACUUUUUUUAUAAUAGCUUAGUGCUACCUAUUUUUGAUUAUGCUGAUUUAGUCUGGGGUGACAAGGACAAUGUCUCACUUAUGAAGGAAUUGCAAAUUCUCCAAAACAAAGCAGCUAAGUUGAUAUUAGAUAGAUCACCUCACCCUCAUCCACCGAUGCAUUGAUUGUCUUGAGAUGGCUGAAUCUUGAAGAACGUAGGAAAUGUCAUCGAUGUAUAUAUGCAUACAAGUGUAUUAAUGGCCAACUUAAUCAUUCUUUGGACAUUGUAAGAAAGAGUGAUAUACAUUCCUACAAUACGCGCAAUAACGAUACUAUCAAGCUCCCCCAAAAUUAAAUAUAAUUGGGGAAAACAACGUUCAUUGGUACCACUGUUUCAAAGACUUUAAUGAAUUAGAGAGAACUGUAAGAAACUCAGCAAGUUUUCCAAUUUUUAAGAAGUGUCUUUUUUUCUGCUUUUUAUAAUUGAGUACUUGUAGUGUGUAUGUUUUAAUUAUUUCUGUAACUCGAUUUUAGCUUGAAUUUUUUUUUUUUUUUUUUUUUUUUUUUUUGUAUCAUAUAUUUCGAUUUUAGCUUAACCUUUUUAUAUUUUAAUUGUAUUAUAUAAUAUACAUCUCGUAAUUAGGACCUCUAUGUAAACCACUCUUGUGAUGGAGCAUCCUAUUAAAAGAUUGUUAUUAUUAAAGAAACGUCUUGACCUCUAAGGGUCCCACUUUCUAUAAGAGGCGAGCCACCCAGGUUAGCCGGGAUGGCUUGCUUAACAGGACUGGCUCGGCUCAUACCUUGUUUCCUUUUAAAAACUGUCGUUGUUUUUAUGUAUGAAAAGGCGGACCGGCCGGACUGCUUGCCGAGAUCUCGGCUCAUCGCCUCUGAUCGGCAAGCCAGGCCAUCCCAGUUUACUCAUAUAAACAUAACGACAAUUUUAAAAGGAAGCAAAGUAUAAGCCAAUUCAAACUUGGCUAAACUCAUACAAACAGGCCCUAUAGAGUCUGUCUUAUGGUACUAAGUGUACAUUGUGCACACGAUGUAAAAUCGGUCACCGCUCUUCUUUAUUCACCUUUAUUUUACGUCUCUGAUACCUUGGCCCCUGGACCCGGGUUGUGAACCUUUAUACAUCGAAUAGAAUCGAUCGAGAGCUGUUCACACAUUGGUUUUAAAACAGAUCAAACGUGUUGUUUGAGCGUUGUCCAACCAAUUGUUAGUUGGUGUUGAAUCCAUACAACGGGACCAAAUAAGUUUCAACUCUUUCAUUUUACUAAUUAAAAAUAGAUCCAGCAUCAUCAAUCAAGAUCAAGUCAACGCCCAAAAAGGUGCUUAUUUGGAUCCAGAAAUGACAAUGGCCGAGAUCAAUAAAGCCAGUGAACGCAUAUCGAUCUUUCAUAUAUCCAGAGUUCAGUUUAAGUUACAUGUAGCCAUAACUUGACGUAAAAUAAUAAGGUUUUUAUUUUGCCAAUCGAAAUUUUGGAUUUUAUUUACAGAAUGCAGUAUUUAUGCACUUGGAAUGGAAAACGAUCUCUUGCCGAAUUCUGCCAUCACAGCCUCCUCGGUAUGGCUGAGCCCUGCUGGACACGAGUCUUGGAGAGCCCGUCUCAAUAAUGUUCCAAAUGGGCACGCAGGAUGCUGGGCAGCGGGAAAUAAUAAAGUCGGCGAGUGGCUACAAAUUGACUUGAGGAAGGAGAGGCUGCUGACAAAACUUGCCACACAGGGGAGGCCUGCCUCGGAUCAACGGGUGACGUCAUACAACCUUUGGUUCAGCUCAGACAACGUCAAAUGGGAAGAAUACAAGGAAAAUGGAGUUGUAAAGGUAUGCGAUGCUGAUUUAAUCAACAAGAAUCCCACGUGACCCGGUCACCAAGAAAUGAGGGGAGGUCUCAUGACAGAACCCUAACGUGCCCUAAGGUUCUUUUUUUUUCAAUGACUGUGACCACUCUUUUAUAUUAAAAGAUUUUCCUCGUGAUCUAGGAGAAGAGGAUGACCAGGCCAUCAAAAUAACUUACCAAAUUCAUGCAGCUCUACUUAAAUGUUGUUGUAAGCACUGAAUCCACAUCGAAUAACGUCAGUGCGCAUGGCAGAAAUUGAGUAUGCACUAGUCGUUACUGAGCCACAGCCCGAAUAGUAUUCAAGCAAACAAUAAAAUUAAGUAUAAUCGUAAUUAAUUGAGAUAUUUCUCAAUUUUUUCACCAAUAAGUUUUAACGUUUGCAGUUUUAUAUGGUCAUCUAUUACUGUUCUUCUUACUUUUGCAGGUUUUCACUGGAAACUCGGACAGCAACACAAUUGUGUCACACGUUUUAAAGGCAAAGUUCACGACCAGAUACGUGCGAUUUGUUGUGCAGACGUGGUAUGAGCAUAUAUCCAUGCGAGUGGAGCUGUACGGCUGUGCUGAAUCAUAG